AUGGAGAAUUAUGAGAUGGAGUCGCAAGAACCGACGGAAAACCAAGAAGGUGAACAGGGCGUAUUUGCUGUGCUAGUAACUGCUUCAAUUCCGCCAGCUGUUGACUGGGAACGAUUCUCAAAAUGGUCACGAUUAAAAGCGGUCAUGCAAAGAGUCUGUCAUUUCAUCUACCGAAUAAAAAAGCAAGUUUCUCCAUCAACUUCUUUGGCUAAAGCAGAACGUUGGCUCAUUCGAGGAUGUCAGAAAAAUCAGGACUCGACGGACCAACGGUGGCGAACAGUGGGGAAAAUCAUAACACAAUGUAUGGCAUGCAAACGGAAACGUGCACGUCCUUUUGCUUUACCGCCAAUGGCGCCGUAUCCAAUCGAAAGAAUAUCACGUACCAGACCCUUUGAACAUGUUGGAUUGGAUUACUUUGGGCCAUUCAACGUAAGAGCCCGCAGCCAAGUUGAAAAGAGAUGGAUUGCAUUGUUUACAUGUUUCAGCACAAAAGCAAUCCAUUUGGAGGCUGUUAUUAGAUCUCACGGCAGAAACUUGUCUGCAUGUGUUUCGUCGAUUUGUGGGCUGCAGAGGCUUCCCAAAAUCCGUAUACAGCGAUCGUGGUUCUCACUUUACUACUCCCCAUGCGCGAAAGGCGGACAAUAUGAAAUGAUGAUUGGUCUAGUGAAAGAAGCAUUACGACAAACCGUUGGAAAUAAACUUCUUACAGAGCAAAAUUUUGGUACUUUGUGCCUGGAAGUAGAAGCUGUGGCGAACAGUAGACAGCUCACCUAUACAGACGAGGACCCUCAGUUAAUUCUACGACCCAUUGACUUUUUGAUUCCACAUGCGCAAGUAUCGAUGCCACUCCCCGUCGAAAAUUCCUGUGAAUUAGAGGAUCUGUCAUACAGAGGAAGUGGUAGCGAUUCGUGCGAUAAACUGAUUUCUCUAUGUCAUAAAACAGCGGCAGUGGUGGAUACCUUUUGGGAUUUGUGGCAUCGUCGCUAUUUAAACGAACUGAGAGACCGUGAAAAACGUUUGCAAUAUCGGACCUCGUUUACGUGUCCAGCGUCAGCCAAAGAAAGGCGAAGUGGUCCUGGUGAAACAAGAAGGAACUACACGUAG